AUGCCGCGUGCUCCCGCCGCAGUGGACCUAGGCUUCUUCAAAGUGGUCCCGGCUGAACCAAUCCUACAGAGCGUUGAGGCGCAAGCACCCGCUGUAGGCCAGCAAAUAGAGUCAGACAGCACUCCGGUAGCUCCCGAAACUCCGGCAAGGUCGGUUUUGACCACCUCCCAAUCGAUAAAGACUGGCCCCGAAGCGCUCGUCGAGCAGUUCGCGCCAACAGUUGACGAGAUCACGCAGGAUGAAAUUACAAAGCUUGCACAGGCAGCCUGGCCCGAGAUGGUUGCUGAGACUAGCGCUGACGACGCAGCGACUGUCAGCAAAGUAUGGAAUCAGCAUCUACAGGGGUCGCAAUUCUCGUUGAGGAAAGUGAUGCUUCUCGAGUACAGUCAGUUUUUGGAAAAGUUUCUGUGGCCCACCUUCAUCGCCAAGAGCAAAAAAGGAAAGAGUAAAUCUGCCCUGGAUCAUGUGCUCUCAAUAGUUGUCCUGGUCAACGAGAAGUUCCGACAACGCAUCGUGGGUGUAUGGGAUAUCUUCGGAGGUGAUGCAUCGAGAUUUUCCGGAUUAGUCUCCAGGAUUUUAGAAUUGUUGAUAUCAUCAAACUCGGAAAUGCACGAUGGACAGAUACACCUCGAUCUUGAGCUGAGGCGGUUUCUGUUGAUCUUCCUGAUAAACAUGUUCCAGUCGCUGGAACACCCACUGGUUCGGGCAGAAUGUUUGCGAUUGGUCAACAUCGCAAUGUGGGAUUGCGUGGUGGAGAGGAGAAGGGAAAGAGAGCUGAAUAUGUACCCAGAGCGUCGCGCUUUGUGGGAAAAGGCUGAGGCCAAGUUUGAUGCAACAACAAAAGCCGCUGCGAAAGAGAAAAUGCGUUUCGACAGAGCGUUUUUCUCGACUCUCAUCAAGUCAUUUUUCAACGUGUUGAGCUCCGUUCCCGAGGAUGGCCCCCCGCCAGUUGAUGUUGUUCUAUACUGUGAGAGGUUCCUGGAGCUUCUCAUCGAUCUGGAAGCACAGCUUCCAACACGGAGACAUUUCAACCUUCUUCUCCACGAUCAUCUGGUUGUCCCAAUAUGUGACUCGAGCAAUCUGGCAAAGCGAGGCCGGAACGUUUUGUCGCAAACCAGGGACAUUUCUUUGGCAAAAGCCAGUGGAGGAGAGUUGGGGAGUGGGAUGCUCUUUGUACAGCUCCUGGAUCGACUGCACUUUUACGCGAGAUUCGAAAUCAAUGACUUCACCGGCGCAGCGUUGACACUCGCUGAGACUAGUCGUCUCCACUACGGCAAUCUUCGAAGAUUACAAAAGAUUGCUUUUAUAAAAUUCCGCGACACGUUGGAAGACUUUGCGCUGACGAACAUUGGCAGUAUCGAAAGUAAAAGAAGCUUUCGACGCUGCUUUGAGAAAGUGGAAGAAACCACCAUCCGUGCGCUCUGUGCCGAAGUUGGAAUACGGACGCAUCCGUUCGACGCAGAUGAUGACCGUCCUUUCAGCAAAGCGUUUAUGAUUGAUUUACUGGCGGCAAUGUAUGCCAAACGCCCGAGUCAGAUUGACGCCAUAAAUGCUCUUUCCCUCUAUCCCGACGAGAACGCCCUCUUCGAUGAAACUGCGGUACCGGCAUCACAGCAGUUCUCAAACACCCACUGCCUUGCCAUUCCGAAGCUGAAUCUUCAAUACCUGACUAUUCACGACUACUUGCUCCGCAACUUCACGCUGUUCAGGCUGGAAAGUACCUACGAAAUACGACAGGACAUUGAAGAUGUCGUGCACCGUUUGCAACCUAGGCACAAUGUUGACAGGAGUAGUGGGGACGAUGAGACUGUUUUUGGAGGAUGGGCGAGGAUGGCAUCUCCUAUUGACAACUUUCAAAUUGUGGAUGUCGGCCCGCCAAGACUAGGAGCGAACAGACCCAGUUUCGUGAAAGCGGAUGUUACCAUCAACAUUCAAAAGUUCACGGAUUCAAUACGCAGAGAGUGGGAAUCCUUGAAAUCGCACGAUAUUAUGUUCCUGCUGACUAUCCGCAUGGAACCUGCUGAGCCUGGAUGGGCACAAUUCGAGGCGCAGAAGGAGAAGCAAGCCGGUGAAACGCCAGUUACAAACUUCCGCAGAAAAUUCGGACUAAAGUAUGUCCGCGGUUGCGAAAUCUCGGAUCUGCUUGGCGACGACAGCCAUCCUGUGGAGGACUUUACUUCCGCCAAAAACUCAAGUGAUGGGGGGAGACCACGGGUUACGGGGUUCAGACGCCGGUUCCGGUUGUUGCUUGAUCCCAAUCAGUAUCAGUCGGACAUGGACGCCGUGGAACGGAAGGAAGAGGAUGUCUACCCAACGUUCAACGUUCUGGUGCGGCGGAAAUCCCAGGAAAACAACUUCAAGGCAGUGCUGGGUACCAUCAGGGACCUAAUGCAGAGCGACUUGGUGGUCCCUGAUUGGUUGCACAAUGUCUUCCUGGGAUAUGGAGACCGGAAUAGUGCCCACUACACCAGCAUCCCCCAGCCAGUCCGGACGCUGGAUUUCCAGGACACGUUCCUUGACUGGGAGCAUCUGUCCGAGAGCUUUCCUGGCAAGCGAUUGAUCCGUGGCCCCGAUGGUGGUGAAGACAUUUCACCACCUUACGUGCUGACCUUCCCGAAGUCGACUUUUGAAGCAUUGAGCGGGGAAGGUGGGUCUAACGUGCAAGCCACGGUAUCUUCCGGCGUCAAGCGAAAGCUGGACGCGGUCGACGAUGAUUUGGACGAGGGGGAUGACGCUAUCUUGGUGCGGACAUAUACGCCCGUUAACAACGGCCCUUAUCCGGAAGACCUGCCAAAGAAGAACGCUGUUCGAUUCACGGUAACACAAGUGGAAGCCAUUCAUGCCGGAACAUCACCGGGGCUGACGUUGGUCGUUGGGCCUCCCGGUACAGGAAAAACAGAUGUGGCUGUUCAGAUCAUCUCCAAUCUUUACCAUAACUACCCGGAACAAAACACGCUGAUCAUCACUCACAGCAACACCGCCCUGAAUCAACUCUUCGAGAAGAUCGCUGCCCUCGAUAUUGACCCCAGGCACAUCUUGCGUUUGGGACACGGACAAGAAGACCUCGACCUAGCGGACGCGAACAGCUGGGGCAAAUACGGCCGUGUAAACGCGUUCCUGGAGAAACGAGUGCAGCUACUGGGAGAGGUCGAUCGGUUGGCCCAAUGUUUGGAGAUACCCGGUGCGCAUGGAUAUACCUGCGAAACGGCCGGGUACUUCUACACGUACCAUGUGAAGAGUCUCUGGGACCCUUAUAUUCGCCGACUUUACCAGCUGCGGGACAAGGCCGCGGAGGAACGGGAGGAUGUCUUCUCUCUGUUCCCGUUCCAGGCCUUCUUCGCGGAUGCGCCUCAGCCAUUACUCCCUGACGACGCGACGUACGAUGAGAGGCUGGAAACCCUCGAAGGCUGCUGGCGUCAUAUCCAGAACGUCUUUGACGAGCUUGAAGAGAUCCGCGCCUUUGAGCUCCUGCGUUCAGGCUACGAUAGGUCCAACUACCUGCUCGUCAAGGAGGCCAAGAUCAUUGCCAUGACGUGCACACACGCGGCACUCAAACGCAAAGAGUUUGUCCGCCUUGGGUUCAAGUAUGAUAGCGUCGUCAUGGAGGAAGCCGGUCAGAUUCUGGAAGUUGAGACCUUCAUUCCAUUGCUGUUACAAAAUCCGGAUCCGGACACCGGAGCAAGCAGGCUCAAGCGCGUCGUCAUGAUUGGUGAUCAUAACCAGUUACCGCCGGUCGUGAAGAAUAUGGCUUUCCAGCGUUACGGCAACAUGGAACAGAGCCUAUUCGCCCGUUUUGUCAGGUUGGGCGUCCCAGUCAUCCAGCUUGACGCGCAGGGUCGGUCGCGGAGCUCUCUCGCCGAGCUGUUCCGAUGGAAAUACCAGAACCUGAAAGACCUGCCGAAUGUCCAGGAACGGCCUGAGUUCAACCUCGGCAACCCCGGUUUUGCAUUCGACUACCAAGUGAUAAACGUGCCCAACUUCAUGGGCCAGGGAGAAACCGAACCGCGACCUCAUUUCGUACAGAACUUGGGCGAGGCUGAGUACGUGGUGGCCACAUACCAAUACAUGCGGUUACUGGGCUACCCCGCGGAACGCAUCUCGAUCCUGACAACCUAUAACGGCCAAAAGGAGCUGAUCCGCGACGUGCUGGAGACGCGAUGCGCAUGGAACCCGCUGUUUGGCAACCCACACCGCGUCGCUACCGUCGACAAAUACCAGGGCCAGCAGAACGAUUACGUGCUCCUGUCCCUCGUCCGCACCAAGACGGUCGGACACCUGCGUGACGUUCGACGUCUGAUCGUCGCCAUGUCUCGCGCCAGACUCGGCUUGUACGUCUUUUGCCGCGUGCCGCUCUUUCAAGGCAGCUACGAGCUCCAACCGGUGUUCAAGACCCUGCUGCAACGACCCACCGAUGCCUUAUGGCUCAGGAACGGAGAAUCCUACGUCGAUGGGACAUUCACCCGCACUGUGGAUGAGACUGCUGUCGUCGAACACCCGAAGAAGGGCUGGCGGCCGGAACCCCACGCGAAAGGCGAGGUGGCGAAGAUUGAGGACGUGCAGCAUAUGGGCGAAUACGUCGCGGAUAUGGUCAAGCAGCAGAUUGAGUACCUGAGGAAGCAGAAGGAGGCUGCUGCGCCUGUCGAUGGCGCUUCCGAGGAGGUAAAAGAGGAUGCUGGUGGUGACGAGGAUGCGAUGGAAGGCGUUGAGGUGGAGGUUGCCGCUUCGUAGGUCGUAGUUAGUUUGCGAGUAGGUAGCGAGUUGUUCUCCGGCGUGUGUAUGUAAAAUAAUCAUCGGUACCCAAUCUGAACAAGCUAUUUGGAGCGGCGUAAACUAGGUUGCACCAAGAACUCUCUGGAAUCAAUCCUGAUUAAAUGAAAUGAAAGCGGAGCUAUGUAAAGGAGCAAAGAACCGC